AUGGCUCGAAAAGCUCCAAGCCCAUUUCCGUCCAUUAACAUCUUCAUCAUCCUCUUCUUCUUCUUCUCCUUCACCCUCAGUCCUUUUUCACCUCAAGUGGUGUCUGCUUCAGUUUUCAAGAGACUUCGACUCUUGUCAACAGAAGAAACUCAGCCCACCUCCACCUUCUCCGUUUUGUCCCUCUCCCGGCAUCCGCAUUCAUCCGUCAUAAAGCCGCCAUACGACAGCUACUCCGACCUCGUACUCUCCCGGCUCGCAACGUACGCAGCUCGCGUCGGAGUGGGCCAACCCGUGAAAGAAUACUACCUGAUAGCAGAUACGGGUAGCCAAAUCAACUGGCUCCAAUGCCUGCCCUGCGAUCCAUGCUUUAACCAAUCCGACCCGAUCUUCGACCCAUCCGGAUCCUCAUCUUACAGCCCUUUAUCCUGCACAUCGCAGCAGUGCACCGGCUUGAGCCCGGAUUACAAGUGCGGCCAAAACAACACUUGCAUCUACGGAGCGUUGUACGGGGAUAAUUCCGUCAGUAUUGGAGAAUUUGCCACUGAAACAGUGUCGUUCGGGAGUUCGGGUUCGGUUCAGAAAGUGGCUAUCGGGUGCGGGCUUGAGAAUCAAGGCCGAUUUGGCAAGGCAGCUGGCAUACUUGGCCUUGGGGGCACUGCAGUAGGCUUUCCUUCUCAAAUUCAGGCGAAGUCUUUCUCCUACUGCCUCGUGGAUUUGGACUCCAGCUCGUCCUCGACUCUCGAGUUUAACUCAGCUCCACCCGGUGACUCAAUCCUCGUUCCCUUGAUUAUGAACCCAAAAUCUGAGAUUUAUUACUACGUGGAACUCAGGGGGAUCACUAUUAAUGGAGAACAAGUGCCCAUUCCUGCAUCGGAUUAUCAAAUAGGCGAAGAUGGGCGUGGGGGAAUCAUCGUCGACUCGGGUACCACCAUCACGGCGUUGCCAGCUCAGGUAUAUAACUCGGUUCGCGACACCUUUGUUAAGUACGCUAAAAACUUGCCUCCCGCCGCUGGAAUCGGUGAUCUCGACACUUGUUAUGAUCUAUCCUCUACGCCCACCAGAGAUGGCUUCCCAAUGAUGUCGUUUCAGUUCUCCGGGGGCAAGACGCUGUCGCUGAAACCUCAAAAUUACCUGUUUCGUGCUGGUUCCAACGGCACGUUCUGUUUGGCUUUUAAGACCACUUCUCAAAGUGUCUCAAUAAUCGGCAACACGCAGCAGCAGGGGUUUCGGGUUACUUACGACCUUGCCAACAAGAUGUUUGGUUUCAGCCCAAAUAAAUGUUAAAAAGCAUAUAGGUGUUGAUUUGAUUUCAACCCAAAUAAAAUGCUGUUUA